GUCGCGCAUCACGUGAUCCAGCCCAACCCGGAAGUGAGCGUGCUGCUCUGGGUGAAUGGCGAGAGUGGGGUGGGUUUAAGAGAGGGAAACUUUUUCGGUCUCCCUCCUCGCUCGCUCCCGGUCUUCGGUCACGUCCGCGGAUCCCCUUUAGCGUCCGACAUGUGAUCCGUUGGCUGGUUCACUCUACUUCAGAUUACAGUGCCCGUUUAAGAUGGAACCUACUGCCUCGGGCGUCUUCUGCAGCCGUGUGCUCAGCAUGGUGAACUCAGAAGACGUAAACGCCAUCAUCUUGGCUCAGAAGAACAUGCUUGACCGAUUCGAGAAAACCAAUGAGAUGUUACUCAACUUUAACAACCUAUCGGGGGUCCGAAUGCAGCAGAUGAACGAACGCUUCCUUCACCACACUCGGACAUUGGUGGAGAUGAAGAAAGAUUUGGAUAGUAUUUUUCGGAGGAUCAGAACUCUGAAAGGAAAGCUAGCAAAACAGUAUCCAGAAGCAUUUAGCAAUGUACAUGAAUCUCCCAUCCUUGAAGAUGACGACUUUGAUCCUGUCCCUAAAAGUACCACCACAACCAUUGCUACCUCAGAGCAGACCACUGAGUCCUGUGACACCAGUCCAGACAUCAUCUCUCCUGCCACCAGCCAUGACUUUGAAGACCUGUCUCAGGGCCCUUAUGACACAGUGGCUAUGAAUGGGCAGAGCAUAACAGAUGAGGACAAUGAAACAGACUAGUCUCCAUGGAAACUGUUAUAGGAGCAGAGGUGGACUUUCUUCUCACUCACCACCCACCUGCUAACAGAUCUGCAAACUUUUUUUUUUUUAAUCUAUGUUCUCUGUAUUGUCUUGGCUAACUGUUUCUGUCUGGGAAGAGAGGGCUAAACAUGGGUGAUGGGCCUUUUGCAUGAAGCACCAUCAUCCAAAGCAGGGGUCUUCAAACUUGGCCCUUUUAUGACUUGUGGACUUCAACUCCCAGAACUCCUCAGCCUGGCUGAGGAAUUCUGGGAGUUGAAGUCCACCUGACUGAGGAAUUCUGGGAGUUGAAGUCCACCUGACUGAGGAAUUCUGGGAGUUGAAGUCCACAAGUCAUGAAAGGGCCAAGUUUGAAGACCCCUGAUCUAAAGGGUGCUGAUCUAUGUCUGAUGCCAAAUAAAUGUGAUCUUGAGUCUAAGCCAGUGUUUCUCAACCUUGACAACUUUAAAAUGUGUGGACUUCAACUACCAGAAUUUCUCCAGCCAGCAUGACCAGCUGGGAAAUUCUGAGUUGAAGUCCACACAUCUUAAAAAUUGAGAAAUACUAGUUUAGGCGGUGCACAGUUGGCGAGGCAGCACAUAAGGAGCGGUGGUGGAUAAGCUGUUGCAGCCCAACCACUCCCUUCUCUUGGACAAACUGAUUAGUUAUGGAAGGCUUCCUCAGUAAAGACAUGGCAGCCCAACUUUUAUAGUUCUUGUGUAGACAACAGUAGAUUGAGCUGAACAUCUUGCAGUUCCUGACCCCAUUAAUUAUCCAAUAGGCAAACAUCCAAAAUCUUUGGAGUCCAUAGGAAAUGAUAUGCUAAUAUCCAGCUACAGUUUACUCUUAGGACUUAAAAACAGGCAAGGAUGCCUUCAGGAAUACAAAUUCCUGUGUGUUCCUCUCUCUCCAUUAGGCAUAAGACCCCAUUGCUGAGUCUUCCUAUUGGCCUCUGUAUGCAGAAUACAAAUGAUCAGAAUCAUAAUCUGCUUGGUGGGGUGGGGAUGGGGUUUAAAGCAAGCUACAAUCUCUGUUUGCUUCAGGGACUGGCAUUGGUGAGAUUUUCAGGGGAUUGUGCCUCUUAGUAAUUGCUGCUACCACCGUCCUCUCGAGCUAUUGCUCAUCUUUGGUUGUGGAUCUGAUCAGUCAACAAUGGUUGAAGUGUUUGGUAUUCCCCCUUCCUAAAACUCUCCCUAAAAACAAAGCUUGACUUUGUACAACCUCUAUCAUCUAAUGAUGCACCUUAUAAAAAAAGAUGAGGGCCAUAUGCUGCAUUGCACUUGCCUUGUGCUGUUUUCUUAAGUUUGCCACACUCACUGUUACAUGUCAUAUUUAAUAUUCCAAUAAUUUUCCUGUGUGUUUAAACAUCUCACCCCCCCUUACCACACUUUCAGUUACUGUAAUGCCAAUGAAUGUUUUUGUUUGGUUUUUGAUAGUUCCUUUCGCUGGAACUUAGCAAAACUAGAUGUGUUGCUUGGAGGACAGGGUGCACUGGCCUCUUUCCUCUAAUGUAAUCUUGUGAAAUGUGUUCUAAUUCAAAGAAAAAAAUAUUUUUGUACUGCUGUAAGUUUACAGAGGUUAAUAAGAUAAUAACCAAUAAACAAAUUACCUGAGAGCUCGCCUGCUUGACAGUAAA